AUGCAUCACAGUUUUAAUUCAUUUGAUAGCGCAAAAGUAUAUCGGCUACCAAAGGUGCUCGGCGAAGAACACCAAGUUGUUGCGAUGCCGCAGUUGGCUGCUUCUCAACCUCGAGUUUUCAAGCUUCCGAAGACUCCUGAUUCAGUUGAUCGAUUCUAUUUGAAUGGUCAAACAUCAAAUGGACGAGUGGAGAAUCAUCGAGAGCAAUUGGCAUUUGAUGAUCAAAUGUAA